AUGUCUGAGAUCUGUGUGGAAAGAAUUUACGAAGAAGUAAUCAGUGAUUUGCCUAACGAUUUGCUGAUACACAUAUUGUCUCUAAUCCCAACAAAAGAUGCAGCGAACACGAUGCUUUUGUCGAAACGAUGGCGUUUUCUGUGGACGAUGUUGCCCAAACUCGUCAUAGAUUUCAACUUCGCCGACACCACCAGCUUGCUCAAGAGUAUUUACAAUUGCAAAACGCUUGUAAACUUGACUCUAUCAAACAAGAUUCUUGUCGAUGUUCCUUCUCCGGCGUGCCUCCCGUCCCUCCAAUCGCUCAACCUUAAAUAUGUGAUGUACAAAGACCAAGAUUCUCCUGUUAGGCUUUUAGCAAGUUGCCCUAUUCUCAGAGAUUUGUCUAUCACCCGAGGGGGAGGGGAGUGUGACAAUGUGACAAGGUUCGUUGUGAAAGUUUCUUCUUUAAGGAAGUUAACAUACAUUCAAAAUGGAUACGAUGAAGAUUCUACUAUGUCGUUGGUUAUAGACUCCCCUGGAUUACAUUACCUUAAGGUCGAUGAUCUUUUAGGAGUUUAUCGCUCGAUCCAGAACACGCCAGCCCUUGAUGUGGCGUUGGUCGACGCCGUUAAUACGGCUGGUUUUCACGCGAAUUUCAUGUUUCUGAGAUCUUUUUCCUCUGUCAGGUUUCUCCAUUUGGUUUUGAGCGAGAUUGCGUGUUGUAGCGGCAUUAACUUCACAUGGCUCAUAGAGUUUAAGCUGACUCUUUUUGGCUCAAAGUCUUGGUUGGAACCACUUAUGCUUAUCCUUGAUAACUCUCCUGUACUGAAAGUUCUUAUGAUCGACUGUUAUUACUGCAAUAUUGUCCCGCUUUCGUGGAACAAACCGAGUUCAGUACCGGUAUGCUUGUUGUCUACUCUUGAGAUUUUAGAGUGGAAAGAUUAUGAAGGAGGAAGAGAAGAGAAUCAAUUCUUGGCGUAUAUCCUCUCAAACUCAAAGUGUUUAAAGACUGUGGGAGUCUCCCCGAAAUAUUACUACAAUAGGAAAGAGAUUAUGGAUGACAUAAAAUCUAUGUAUAGGGUUUCAGCAUCAUCUCACCUUCUCUUCUCAGCUCAAUGGGAAUGGAGCUUUAUGGAGUAG